AUGCGCGCUAACAAAGCCCAAGCUAUUUCUAUUACUUAUUCACUUAUUCACCAGGAAAGCAACCUUCAGUGCAGAGUCUCAAACCAUUUCUCCCGCAGCCAUAAAGUAUCGCCCACCUCUGGAACUGAUCUACCUUUCCCUCUCCAAAACACGACAACUCAAUAUCCAUCAACCUCUCCAACGGCCAACAACCAACCAUCACACAGCACCAAUAUGUCUUUCACAAACGAACAAACUUCACCAAAGGCCGAUCCCAGCUCCGCAGCCCCAUCUCGCUCCCAACAACUGAACGCCUUCCUCUUCCAGCUCGCCAGCGCCUACGCAAGCAAAGAUCCCGUAAGUACACCCGACUACUUCUUCCUGCUCCCCAUCUCACCUCAUCCCAUCCCAUCUCACACCCCUCCCCAUACACAACAUUCCAAGCCCGAUCAACCACCCCCCUGCUGGCCCACGCCCACGCCCUCCAAACCCCCACCACCCGAUCCCACUAACCGCUUCCCGCCACAGACCACAAUCCAAGCCGCGCAAGCCCUCCUCUUCGGCGGCCUCCAGAUCGAAACGAAGAUCAGCGAGCAGCGCAUCGCCGUCCAGGAUUACGCCGCCUUCGCCGAGCUCUUCAACAAGAUGUUCGCCGUCACGGCCGUCAUCAACAAGAGAAAGACGGAGAUCGUGUCGUCCGCGGAACUGAAGAUGCCGGCCAUGGCCGGAUACUGCAGCGGCUGCGGUGACUGCGACGAGUCCAAGGAGAAGGGCGCGAGCGAGAGCCGUUAA